CACUAUCAAACUUUUUUCUCUCACCCCCAAUGGCUUCUCUGCAACUCCUUCGGCUGCUUUAAUGGCGGAACCCUAAACCCUAGAAACCCUACUCUGCUUCUUCCUUUCUUCAUGGCCUCCUCUCUCCUCGUAUUAUUCGUACUCCUUCUUACCUCUCUGCUCACCGCCGCAGAUGAUAUCAACCUUCUCAUAUCCUUUAAACGCUCUCUCCCCAACCCUCAAACUCUCCCUACCUGGAUCCCUAAAAACAACCCCUGCACGUCCUUCACCGGCGUUUCCUGCACCGCAGGUCGCGUAACUCGCGUGAAUCUCGACUCUGUUCCUUUCAACGCCGACUUCCGCGUCGUUUCUUCCACUCUUCUUUUUCUCGACCGCCUUGAAUCCUUAUCCAUUCGCUUCUCCAACCUCUCCGGCAGCAUCAGUCGAGCUUCCCGCUGCGGAGGGAAGAUUUUUGAGCUUUCCGUUGCCGGAAACAGCCUCACUGGUACGAUCGCCGAUGUUGCAGCACUGGCUUCGUUGUGCUCUUCACUCAGGACAUUGAACCUUUCCGGCAACGCGGUUGCGGGUUCAGGCGAGGGCGAGUUCAGCUUCCCGUUGCUGGAGACACUUGAUCUCUCUUUCAACAGGAUCUCGUCCAUCGGCGACGUUCGAAAAAUCUUACUCUCCGGUCCCGGCAUCCGCUUUCUUGACCUCUCCUCAAAUGCCAUCUCCGGUGAGAUAGCGAGUGGAGUACUUGACGGUUGUGGGCAGCUUACCGUUCUCAACCUAUCGUCGAACCAUCUCUCUGGAGCUCUAUCUGGUGAUCUUGCGUACUGUUCUUCUCUUCAGGCAUUUAAUCUCUCUGCUAAUAAUCUCUCAGGUGAGAUCCCUGUUGAAACGCUCUCUGAGAUCUCUGAUCUAAGGAUCCUGCAGCUCUCAUUCAACAAUUUCUCCGGCGGGCUGCCUAAAUCUCUCUCUAAUCUCACCAAGCUGGAAGUUCUUGAUUUCAGUUCCAAUGCCUUGUCUGGCUUCAUCCCCCUUAGCUUUGGCAGCAGCUUAAGGGAGAUUCAUCUGCAGAGCAAUCUCUUCACAGGCCCCAUCCCAGCAACUCUUAGCAACUGCUCGAAUCUUGUUUCCAUCGACCUCAGCUUUAAUUACCUCUCCGGGAAGAUCCCUUCCUCCAUCGCUACUCUUCCUUUCCUCCGGGAUCUUAUCAUGUGGCAGAACCUCCUUGAAGGUGAGAUCCCCACCGAUUUCGGCCGCAGCACUGCUCUCGAAAACCUUAUCCUCGACAACAAUGCUCUCACCGGCUCAAUCCCUUCUGGUCUCAGCAACUGCUCCGAUCUCAACUGGAUCUCUCUCUCCAGUAACCACUUCACCGGCGAGAUACCGUCAUGGAUCGGCCGGCUUGAGAAUCUCGCCAUCCUUAAGCUUGGAAACAAUUCCUUCUCCGGUUCCAUUCCACCGGAGCUCGGUGACUGCAAGAGCCUCAUAUGGUUGGAUCUUAACAGUAAUCGGUUGAGUGGCACUAUCCCAUCCACUCUAUCAAAGCAAUCCGGCAAUAUAGCGGUUGGAUUUGUAACUGGAAAGAGAUAUGUCUAUUUGAAGAAUGAUGGGAGCAAGGAGUGCCGAGGUGCGGGGAACCUCCUUGAGUUCGCCGGAAUCCGGCCAGAACAACUUAGCAGGCUACCAAGUCAUCCCUGCAACUUCACCAGAGUGUAUGUUGGGAGCACCAGGUACACUUUCAACAAGAAGGGAUCCAUGAUUUUUCUUGAUUUGUCUUACAAUGAUCUUACCGGUGAAAUCCCGAGAGAGCUUGGCAGCAUGUAUUAUCUCAUGGUAUUGAAUUUAGGCCACAAUAUGUUAUCAGGACCCAUUCCUGAUGAAUUAGGUAGCUUGCGAUAUGCUGCUGUGUUUGAUCUCUCGCAUAAUUCUCUGGAGGGUUCCAUCCCAGCAAGUUUGGGCCACCUCACUAUGCUCUCUGAAAUUGAUCUAUCUAACAAUAAGCUCAAUGGAACAAUUCCUGAAUCAGGUCAACUCGUCACAUUCCCAAGUUUCAGAUAUGAGAACAACUCUGGUCUCUGUGGCCUCCCUCUUCUUUCCUGCGAGCGAAACUCCUUGUCAAGUUCAAGUAAUCAAGAACAGAAGUCUCACCGGCGGCAAGCGUCCAUUGCCGGCAGCGUGUCUUUGGGGCUUCUUUUCUCAGUUUUCUGCAUCAUAGCCAUCAUCCUCAUUGCAGUAGAGAGCAAAAAGAGAAGCAGAUUAGUAAAGGAUAAUGGAAGCAGCACAAAGGACAUCUAUAUCGACAGCCUUUCGCAUUCUUCCACAGCCUGGAAGAUGACUACCACGAAGGAAGCCCUGAGUAUCAACCUCGCCACCUUCGAAAAACCCCUAAAAAAACUCACUUUUGCUGAUCUCCUCGAGGCCACCAAUGGCUUCCAUGAUAACAGCAUGAUUGGCUCCGGCGGUUUUGGCGAUGUCUACAAGGCUCAGCUCAAGGAUGGCAGUAUCGUCGCCAUCAAGAAACUGAUACACAUUAGCGGACAGGGCGACAGAGAGUUCAUGGCAGAGAUGGAAACCAUUGGAAAGAUCAAGCACAGGAACCUGGUUCCCCUCCUGGGUUACUGCAAGGUGGGAGAAGAGCGUCUCCUUGUUUAUGAAUACAUGAAGUAUGGAAGCUUGGAAGAUGUUCUACAUAACCGGAAGAAGACGAACAUUAAGCUCGCUUGGCCGGCAAGGAGGAAGAUAGCAAUAGGUGCAGCAAGAGGCCUUGCAUUCCUUCACCAUAGCUGCAUUCCUCACAUCAUACACAGGGACAUGAAAUCCAGCAACGUACUUCUUGACGAGAAUCUCGAAGCAAGAGUCUCCGAUUUUGGAAUGGCGAGAUUGAUGAGCGCAAUGGACACUCAUCUCAGUGUAUCGACGCUCGCCGGCACCCCGGGUUACGUCCCGCCGGAGUAUUACCAGAGCUUCCGGUGCACAACCAAAGGGGAUGUUUACAGUUACGGCGUUGUACUGCUCGAGCUCCUCACCGGAAAGCCGCCGACCGACUCUGCCGAUUUCGGCGACAAUAACAAUCUUGUUGGUUGGGCGAAGCAGCACUCAAAGCUCAGGAUCAGUGAUGUUUUCGAUCCCGAGCUUCUAAAAGAUGAUCCCGGGCUUGAGUUGGAGCUGUUGGAGCAUCUUAAGAUCGCUUGCGCCUGCUUGGACGAUCGACCGAUGCGAAGACCGACAAUGCUUAGGGUUAUGGCUAUGUUCAAGGAGAUUCAGGCAGGGUCAACGGUAAGCUCCACGGCCUCCGCCGCCGCUUCUUCUCUGGGUGAUGGUUUCACAGUGGUUGAUAUGAGCUUAAAGGAAGGGAAGGAGGAGAAAGAUUGAGCAGCAGCAGAGCAAACUAAGGCAAUUCUUACAAUUCCUUCAACACAUUUGGUAAAAUCGCAUAUUUUACUCUUUAUUAUCUGCAAUCACUGUAACAUAUUUGUAGGAAUGCCUGUUUCACAAAUCACAAGCUUUUCAGUUCUUUCCAUGUACAUAUCUGCCAACCUUCUUCCCAAUAUCUAAAUUUUCCUUCAUGAACUUCUGAUUAUUUAAUCCUCCUUCAUGAACACUUAGGACAAUUUUAUUUUAUUAUCUUUUUUAGUUAAGACUGAACCACACA